UAUCUGAUGACUGUUUCAGAUAGUGCGCGACAGAAAGUUAGGGAACCCUCCCCCGUAAUGGCUGUCCGACCUGUGCCUCAUAUCGACCAAGUUCAACGCCUUACCCAUGCCAGGAAACAUCCAGUGGGCCCGCACAUGCCUGAAAGAGAGGAAAAUACAAACAAUGUAUUUAGGAAGAACUAUGCAUCAGUGGGUCCAGUUGAGAAUGAUAAUAGUUUUCAGUCUAGCAAAUCUUCAACAACAAUGGCGAAAGAGGUAUAUAGGCAGCGAGAGGCCACUGAUUGGACAACGCUUGAAGGACACCAGGUAAACAAACAAACAACAAAUAAAUCGCCCCGGAAACAUCGGAUAUUUGCACCCCGUUUGCCAAGUAUGUCCCUUCUAAGCCCUACUGAAUCAACCAAGAAGAGGUGGCACUUACAAAACGUUAAUAAGAAUAACAGAAAUACGAACGAUAGAGAUCAACUUAUUUCGCCUAUAGGAGUCAAGUCUCAUCGUUAUACACCAUAUGAUCAACCGUCAAAACCUUAUGAUUUGAUAGAAUAUCCAUUGACAAAGAGGGUCAUUGAUCAAUCUCGAGAUGAAAGGUCGUCUUCUAAAUUGUCAAAUACUGCAAAGAAACCAGACGAUAGAAUGAUCAAACAAGCGCCACCUGCUCAGCGUUCUUUAUGUCGAAAGCCAUCUGUUAAAUCCUUUCGAAGUCCGAAAGUAUCUACGUCUAGACGCACGUCACAAGGAAGUUCGUCUGCAAGUUCAAGGCCGCAUAUGAAAGCAUUUCAUAACAACAAAACCAAGUCUGUGAAAGAAGUAGUGUCAGAUGUUCCAUAUAAAACUAAGUCGGGACAUUACACAAGCGUAAGAUUAAGUAAAGAACCCAAUAUACUCCCUAAUUGUUCAAGAAAAACAUCCGUCAACAAGUCAAAAUCAAAACCGCCAGUUACUGGGAUUGUGAAAAAGCCUCCACAAAAUUUAGCAAGAAAACCUUCAAUUAAAAAUAAAGUGGAAAAGACAUGUCCAAGAUCUGGCACCGGAAGUAUUUCUAGCAGACGACCAGCAAACGAAUUUCAAUUUUCAAGCCAUGGUACUUCUCCAUGUGACAGUAGAGAAAAGAAAGGUGGCUAUCCACACAUUCACUAUGAGCAUUCAAGCAACAGCAGACGUAGGCCAAGUGUUGUGUCAACGAAAGUAAGGAAACACAGUUUAGCGUCACCAAAUUCUCCAGAAAAUACAUAUGGGAGAAACUCCAGAUUAAGUCGACCAGUUAAGAGAGGUGAUGUCUCUCCGCAGACGACUUCAUUAUGCUCCUCUCUCAAGCUUCUAGAAGAGUUUGACUAUGUCAAGAAACGUUUGAAACAGAUCCAAAUACAGAAACGAGAGUAUAAGGAAGCAAUUCGUGAACUUGAGCAGGAAGAAGUUAGACUUGAGUAUCUCCUCAGUCACGUGCAGCAACAAUCGACUCGUGCAUUGAACAAGGGACCAUUGGAAAGAGGCACCUCACAAGGAAGACCCGUGUAGAAGGUUGGCAUUCACAUUGAACACAAAGCCGGAGGAGUACAGACUCUUUGUUGUGUGUUUGUAAUAUUUUGCAUGUUUUGGACUAGCCGCUAAAUUGUUGCCAUAUUUUGUUUUGAAAUUAAAAAAAGUUCUUUCAUUUUUAGUCAGUAUUCAGUUAGAUCAGAUCAGUGAUAUAUUCAAAUCGACUCGUUUUGUACUGCACAAAUUUGAUGUAAUGACUGUGUACUACCACUGACAAAAUGGCUGUUUUGUAAACAGUCAGCUGUACUGCAUGGCAUUUAAUUAUGAAUGUGGCUCUAUAUGCAAACUUAACUAAUAUAUAUUGUAAAGUUAAAUACAUUUAAUGUGGAUUUUAUACAUUUGAAGUAAAUAUCUAAACAUAAUACAUUUUUGUGGUAGAUGGUCAUUUAUAAUCAUAAUCACAUAAUACCAACUGCAUGAUCGUAUACUGAUUUGAGAUGUUUAGUAUUGCAGUCUUC